AUGAGGUCUGAAAAGGACCAAAUGACCGGAGGCAGGGAGGGAAGUGUCGUCGAAAUACAACUCCGAGAUAUUCCGAGAGGACAGGACGCCGUCUCCAUUAACUCAAAGCAGAAAGAAGAGAAGAAGGAGGUCUUUACUAAGGUAGUAAUAAGGCGACUUCCACCCAACCUGUCCAAGGACCAGCUGGAAGAACAGCUCAGUCCUCUUCCAUCCUAUGACUACUUCGAGUUUUUCCCUGCUGAUCAAAGCCUCUAUCCACACCUGUUCUCCAGAGUUUACAUUAACUUCAGAAACUCAGAAGACAUCCUGCUCUUCAGAGACCGCUUUGAUGGCUAUGUUUUCAUUGAUAACAAAGGACAGGAGUACCCAGCUGUGGUAGAGUUUGCCCCCUUUCAGAAAGUCUCCAAGAAGAAGGUCAAAAAGAAAGAUUCCAAAGCUGGAAGCAUUGAAGAAGACCCGGAGUACCGGCGGUUUCUGGAGAACUACUCCUGUGAUGAGGAGAAGUCCAUGGCCAACCCUGAAACCCUGCUGGGAGAGAUAGAGGCCAAGACAAAGAAACUCAUAGCCAAAAGAACAACACCUCUUCUGGAGUACAUCAAGAAUAAGAAACUUGAGAAGCACAGGAUAAGAGAGGAGAAGAGAGAGGAGCGUCGACGCAGGGAGCUGGAGAAGAAACGGCAGAGGGAGGAGGAGAAGAGGAAACGGAGGGAGGAGGAGAGACGCAAACGCAAGGAGGCGGAUAAACAGAAGAAACUAUCGGAGAAGGAGAUCAAGAUCAAGCUCCUGAAGAAGAGUGACCGGGACGAUGAUGUGGACUCUGACAGGCUCAAGGACAAAGGAGACAGUGGGGACAUAGAGAGGGCCAAGUGGGACAAACCCAGUGGACACAUGAAGUCAAAGGAAACCAAGGACCACAGGGGUCAGAUGGAGAGCGAUAAGGAGCAGAGAGAGCACGGCCGCAGGCAGAGAGACAAAGACCACAGAGGAAGAGACGAGGAGAGGAAACGACAGCGCCACCACUACGAGUUCGACAAGUCCAUGCGGUGCAAGGAGGAUACCAAGUGGGGUAAAGGCUACUGCCAGGACCGGGCAAAGAAAGAUGGCCAAUACCACAGCUCCUACUCCUACUGCCCCGACACGUGCGACAAGGUGGUCAGAGAGGACAUUGGCGGUAGCAGGAAGGAUCGCGUCCGGAACAAGUCUGUGUUAGCCUAUCAGGACAGAAGGACGUCCCAGUCAGAGGGGCCACACCAGAUAGGAGGGGCUCUGCCAAACAAGGACCGGCCUGCCAUGCAGCUCUACCAGCCAGGCGCUCACAAUCGCAAGCGCGUGAGCUCUGCGAUGAAAGGUUAUGAGCUUCCCAUGAACCACUCGCCAGAACGCGCGGUGGCGGACCGCUGCUACGAGGCCGCCGCCAUGGAAACGGGCUCGGAAAUAUGCAGCGACGAGUAG